AUGAAGAAAUCAUCCUCCGCCCAGAAUGAGAAGGCAACAAUGGGAGCUGUUCCAAAACGAGGCCGAAGUCCUAUGAAAACUCCAACGAUGACCUGUAUUGGUACGGCGUGUCGUUUUCCGGGUUCGACAACAAGUAUGCUGCAGUGUAACAGAUGCGGUAUAUGGUUUCACUUCCAAUGUGUGGGUGCUUCGGACGAUGCACUUUCCCGUGUGUGGAUCUGCAACACUUGCUCCCUUGAACCCACAGAUGUUCUACCAAAAAAAGGAACUAAGUCAAAGGGAAAAGAACUUCCGUCAUCUAACUCUGGUAAGAACGCAAACAAACACUGUCCAACUUGUGGUGGUUUAGACACUGAUGCAAUGGUGCAAUGUGACGACUGCGACCGAUGGCAUCAUUUUAAGUGCGCGGGUGUCACAGAAGCUGUAGCUGACAUCAGCUGGAGGUGCACCAGUUGUGAAAACAGUAAAAUAACCCAAAAGCAUUUAGUGCCAACCAUGUGCAGUGCUGAAUUCAACAGUGCCAAUCCGUCCUACGAGUAUCACACAUCCAAUAAAUCAACUGCCAUCGCCACAACCACUAACGUGUUAGUAGGCUCACGCACGACAUCUGGAAUCAUUCCCCGAGUUUCGACAGCUACGGAAACAAUCGCCUCCAUGCAAGCUAACGAUCAUCGUAACAAUCAGUUUAUGGGUUCUACGGAUCAACAGAAUCAGAAGGCGCCGAGCUCGACUAAGUCAUCAGUGAGACAACGACGGGUGUUGCUGGACCUUCAGAAGCUACAAGAAGAAGAACGGCUCAUCGAGGAGGAAUAUAAGAAGAAGAAGGAAAUAUUGAAUCGUCGCUUUGAUCUCAUGCAGGAAAUAGCUAGCAACUCGUCAUCUACAACAUCGAUAGCCGAAACUGAACCGAAGAAGAAAGUGGAGGAUUGGUUGGACCGUUCAAUCCCCGAAUUCACCCGCGAAGCUAGAAUGGAAUAUCGCCCACUACAGCAACAGAACCCGUGUAUUCAGCAGCAGUGCAGCGAAGAUGCGCAAGCAAAUGAGAAUACUCACAGGCACAGUGCCCCGUUGAAUCAAAUGAUUGCUCGAAUGCAGCCAAAGCCGUACGUGGUAAAUACAUAUGCUCGUCCAAACUUGGGAAAGGAAAGUUUCAUUCCAGUGCAGCAAUCUACCCCACAACGGACUACGGGUUUUCCACAUGCAAAUAUCGAUAAUUUGAAUAGUUUUUCAAAUAGUCAUGCAUUAGCCCGCCAAGCUGCGUCCCGAGAGCUGCCAACCUUCACCGGUGUUCCCGAAGAAUGGCCACUUUUUAUAUCUACAUUCUACACUACUACAUCUAUGUGCGGGUACACUCAAGAAGAAAAUCUAUUGCGACUCCAGAAAAGCUUGCGCGGAAAAGCAUUUGAUGCUGUAAAAUGCAUGUUAAUGCAUCCUUCCAAUGUCGAGUGCAUAAUGUCAACCCUCAAAAUGCUUUUCGGAAGUCCCGAAGUGAUAAUUCACAAUCUGAUAUCCAGAAUACAGUCCACGCCACCACCCCGUGCCGAUCGUCUCGAAACGGUGAUUGAAUUUGCGUUAGUAGUGAAAAAUCUCUGCGCUACCAUUGUAGCUUGUCAGAUGGACGAGUAUAUUUACAACGUCGAACUUGUGCGGGAAUUAGUGGACAAACUACCGACACAGUUUAAAGUGGAUUGGGCGAGGCACAGGAGAUUUAUCGCUGAUACCAGACUGACUUCCUUUUGCGAUUGGUUGUACGAAUUGGCUGAAACAAUUUCGCCAAUUGCUAUGCUCUCUUGCCAGGACUCCAGCGCAAACAAAGUUGGAAGAAAAGUAACCGGUUUUUUAAAUGCCCACUCGGAACCAGAUGAAAUUGAUCAACCAGCCUAUGCUUGGGGUAAACCUGAUCGUGGACAGCCCAAUACUCCUCCUAAAUCCUGUAACGUUUGCAAAGGUGAAUGUAAUUCUCUGGAAAAGUGUAAAAGGUUUAUUGAGAUGAGUUAUAAAGCCCGCUGGGCUGCAGUUAAUGAAUUUUAUUUCUGUAAAAAAUGUCUUGGUAAGCACCCUAGAAUGCCUUGCAAAUCUCAGAGAAUAUGUGGCACAAACGGUUGUCUUUAUAAGCACCAUCCACUUCUACAUAAUCCCGCAAAGGAUACGCAGGGUUCAACUCAACAAAACCCAGAAUCUUCUGUCGUUCAUCGAGAUUGUAACAUCCAUCACUACACUUCAAACCAGGCACUUUUUCGUGUGGUACCAGUCGUGUUAUAUGGCCCAAACAGGAAGAUAAACACAUUCGCGUUUCUAGAUGACGGAUCUUCGCUAACUUUGAUGGAAUCAUCGCUUGCUUCGGAGCUAGGAGUGUCUGGGAAAGUCGAACCACUCUGCUUACGAUGGACUGGCAAUAAAACUCGACAGGAGAAUUCUGAAAAUAUUACCAUUGAAAUCUCAGGUGUGAACGAGAUGCAUAAACGCUAUCGCCUACCAGAGGUGCUCACUGUUUCAAAUUUAGAUCUCUUCCAUCAGACUUUAGAUAUGGACGAAAUGAGGAAACGAUACAGUCACCUCAGAGGAAUUCAGGUUGAAUCUUAUGAAGGAGUUCAACCUCGUAUACUUAUCGGCAGUAACAACGCAAACCUUGGUUACGUUCUGAAAGGCAGAGAAGGAAAAAUGCAUGAACCAGUGGCGACAAAGACACGACUUGGCUGGAUCGUAUAUGGUGGUGCAGAAUUAGGUCAACAACAGUUUUUGGGCUACCAUGGAGCACAUAGAUGUUCAUGUCAGGGUGAGCAAUGUGAAGUUUUACACCAGGCCAUGCAAAAAUAUUUCUCGAUCGAUGGGUUAGGUAUCACAAAACCAACAACUCUUGUGGAAUCUAAGGAAGAUACUCGAGCACGGAGACUUCUAGAAAGCAUGAAGCGUAGAAAGGAUGGACGAUUUGAAACUCGACUUCUUUGGAAGUAUGACCAUUUCCAGCUCCCAGAAAGUAAAUCGCUCGCUCUUCGCCGUUAUGCGUGCCUCGAAACACGCAUGAAUAAAGAUCCAGAUCUUAAGGCAUCUCUCUACGAUAAGGUUAAAGACUACGUUCUAAAAGGCUAUAUUCGCAAGCUCACCGAAGCUGAAAUUGAAGACAAGAAUCCAAGGGUAUGGUAUCUGCCAGUUUUUCCAGUGUUCAAUCCCAAUAAACCCAAGAAGAUACGCAUCGUGUGGGACGCCGCAGCUAAGAGUCACGGAACAGCACUGAAUUCACUACUCUUAACAGGACCGGAUCAGAAUUCCUCUCUUACUGACGUUCUGUUUAGGUUCCGUGAAAAUCGGAUAGCGGUUUGUGGUGACAUAUGCGAAAUGUACCAUCAAGUACUUGUAGCGGAGGAAGACCAACACUGUCAACGGUUUUUGUGGAGAGAAAAUCCACACGAUUCUAAGAUCAGCGAAUAUGUCAUGCAAGUGAUGACAUUUGGGGCAUGUUGUUCGCCCAGUUGUGCACAAUUCGCCAAAAAUAUGAACGCGAGGGAAUAUGCAGGACAAUAUCCUCGAGCAGCAUCAGCAAUUAUAGAAAACCACUAUGUAGACGAUAUGCUCAUAGCCACAGAAACAGUGGAAGAAGCUAUUUGCUUGGCAAAGGAAGUUCGGUACAUACACGCUCAAGCUGGGUUCGAAAUGAGGAAUUGGGUAUCUAAUUCACCGGAAGUUUUGGAGGCACUAAAUGGUACGAGCGGUAACGAAAAGAAUCUCAACUAUGAUGCAGAGUUAUCCACUGAAAAAGUUCUUGGUAUGUGGUGGUGCACGAUAUCAGAUAGCUUCACUUUUAAAUUGUCCCCAAAACAUGAAAAAGAGCUCCUAUCUGGCGAAUGCGUUCCGACGAAGCGACAGGUAUUACGCACGUUGAUGGCCGUAUUUGAUCCUCUCGGGCUUCUCUCAAAUCUUAUGAUUUACCUAAAAAUUCUUCUUCAAGAAGUAUGGCGCACUUCAAUCGAUUGGGAUGAGAAAAUUCCUAGCAAUAUUUUCAAAAAUUGGCUGCAGUGGUUGGCAGUACUCCCUAAAGUGCAAUCAGUAAGUGUUCCUCGUUGCUAUCGCUCGAAUAUAAACUUGGAGGCAGACACUAUCGUACAGCUACACACAUUCGUCGACGCUAGCGAACUAGGCUACGCUGCGGUAGUCUACCUACGCUUCGAAUACCACGGAAAGAUUGAGACCUCCAUUGUUGCCGCUAAAGCUCGAGUCGCACCUUUGAAGUUUCUGUCCAUUCCAAGGAUGGAGUUAGAAGCUGCGGUCAUUGGAGCCCGACUGACAGCCUCCAUUUGCAAGGCAUUAUCGUUAAACAUCAUUCUGUCCAUUCCAAGGAUGGAGUUAGAAGCUGCGGUCAUUGGAGCCCGACUGACAGCCUCCAUUUGCAAGGCAUUAUCGUUAAACAUCAAUCAGCGUUUCUUCUGGAGCGAUUCUCGUGAUGUACUCUGUUGGAUCAGAUCUGACCAUCGACGAUACUCGCAGUACGUAGGGCAUCGCGUGAGUGAAAUCUUGGAAACUACUCGAAUUGUGGAAUGGAGAUGGAUUCCGUCUGAAGAAAACGUCGCGGAUGAAGGCACCAAGUGGCAAAAACCUCCCGAGCUAACCAACGACUGCCGUUGGUUUAAUGGACCGGAAUUCUUACACCAAAAUGAAGCAAUGUGGCCAGUAGAACGAAACUUUCAGCAACCAACAACGGAGGAACUCAGAAAAAGCGUAUACUGUCACGAACAUAUCUCUUUACCAAAAAUACUGUUUGAUUCCUCACGCUUUGGGAGUUGGAACCACCUUCGGAGAACUUCAGCAAUGUUUAACAGAUAUAUACAGAACAUAAAAAAUGGGAUUAACGCGACAGCACCGUUAUUCGGACCGCUAUCAGGGUCUGAGAUACAGCAAGGCGAAAUACGUAUGUUUCGACAAGCACAGCAAGAACACUUUGCGAUGGAGAUAAAAAUUCUCUCCUGCAAAGAUCUUACCCAAAAAGGCCUUCCAACUACAAGUAAUCUUUUCGAAUUCUGGCCUUUUCUAGACAGCGAAGGUGUUCUAAGAGCAAAGACGCGCAUUGGAGCUUGUGAUGUUGCUAGUAUGGAUACCAAGAACCCGAUAAUCCUACCAAAGGAUAGUCACAUAUCAUGGCUUAUAGUUCAGCACUAUCACGUACGCUUCUAUCACCGUAACCAUCGUACAGUGCUAAACGAACUUAAACAACGCUUCAGGAUCAUCCCGAAACUAGCAAGCCUUUACAAGAAAGUACAAUCAGCUUGCCAGGUAUGCAAGAACAUGCGAGCAGCGCCUCAUCCUCCUCCGAUGAGUGAUCUUCCCGUGUCGAGAGUUUCAGCAUUUACCAGACCAUUUUCGUAUGUAGGCGUCGAUUAUUUUGGACCACUGAACGUCACCGUGAAGCGCAGCACCGAAAAACGUUGGGGGGUACUAAUAACGUGUCUCACAGUUAGGGCUAUUCAUAUUGAAAUCGCACACUCAUUAUCGACACAAUCGUGUAUAAUGGCACUGAGAAAUUUCAUGGGGAGAAGAGGCAUUCCAAUACAAAUUGUAAGCGACCGUGGUACGAAUAUGAUCGGCGCAAGCAAAGAACUUUUAUUGGCUUUAAAAGAAUUGAAUCAAGACAUGAUAAUACAGGAAAUCUCUAGUCCAGAUACAACUUGGACAUUCAUUCCACCGGCAUCUCCACAUAUGGGCGGUUCUUGGGAACGCAUGAUUCAAACUGUUAAACGAAAUUUGAAUCAAAUAAGUCCACGACACCAACCAACUGAUGAAGUAUUGCGUAAUCUAUUGAACGAAGUAGAAAACGUGGUAAAUUCCAGGCCUUUGACUCAUCUUGAAAUGGAAGAUCCCGAGUCACCAGUCCUGACACCAAACCAUUUCCUACUAGGUUCAUCGAACGGUUUAAAACCAGCAACGUUGUUUGAUGAUAGCAGCAAAGCUCUUAACAAUACGUGGCGAACAUGCCAAGUGGAAGCAAACAUCUUCUGGAAGCGUUGGGUGAGAGAUUACCUGCCGGAGAUUACAAGACGAUCCAAAUGGCUAACGCCGGUGAAGUCUAUCGAAAUCGAUGACAUAGUAGUUGUUGUCGAUCCGAAUCUACCAAGAAACUGCUGGCCUUUAGGAAGAGUGAUAUCUGUAAUUCAGGGUAAAGAUAAACAAGUAUGCUCUCGGCUGCACCACGGGGAGGACCACGCGAUUUUAAUUGAAUAUGUGCAUACGGGAGUGACGAAAUGUCCCAUGCCAACACCGGAAAAGGGCAAAAUGAGUUCUUUGAUCUCCAGCCAGCGAGCCAAAGGUGAUGCUUACAUGCGCGAUCGCGGGAUCCGCUAUGUGCGCGCCAUCAUCCAAUUGGACACGAUCAUUUAA